GUCUUUGGAAUGCGUGCCCAAACAGAAAACAAUAUCACAACUACUUCCUCUUCUUCUUAGAAACCAGGGACUGAGUCUGAUCCACUACGACGCUUUCUAUGGAUUCUGCUCAAGCUCAGCGCCGCCUCAAGGCCAUUAACGGCCACCUCAUUUCCGACGCAGCCGAAUCCGACCUCAUUCUCCGCCCCAGCGCCACCAACGGCGAGUUCGUUUCCGAGCAAGGGUACAGUGUGGUGCUUCCGGAGAAACUACAUAUAGGAAAGUGGAAUGUAUAUAGAUCUGCACGUUCUCCAUUGAAGCUUGUUACUAGAUUCCCUGAUCAUCCUGAAAUUGCUACGCUGCAUGACAAUUUUGUGCACGCAAUUGAUACUUUUAGAGAUUACAAAUAUUUGGGAACAAGAAUCCGGGUUGAUGGAACUGUUGGAGAAUACAAAUGGAUGACGUUUGGAGAAGCAGACACUGCUCGGUCAGCAAUAGGUUCUGGCCUCAUAUAUAAUGGCAUACCAAAGGGAUCUUGCAUUGGGAUGUAUUUUAUUAACAGACCGGAGUGGAUGAUUGUUGAUCAUGCCUGCUCUGCAUAUUCGUACAUAUCAGUUCCUUUGUAUGACACUCUAGGUCCAGAUUCUGUCAAGUACAUUGCAAAUCAUGCCGUUGUGCAAGUUAUAUUUUGCGUGCCCGAAACAUUGAAUAGUAUAUUGAGCAUCUUGUCAGAUAUUCCAACUGUACGCCUGAUUGUGGUUGUUGGAGGGAUAGAUGAACAUAUUCCUUCAUUUCCAUCUUCAACAGGGGUGAAGGUUGUAACAUAUUUGACAUUGCUCAAUCAGGGCCGUAGUAGCAUGCAGCCUUUUUGCCCACCGAAAUCGGAUGAUAUUGCUACAAUUUGCUACACAAGUGGCACAACUGGCACCCCAAAGGGAGCUGUAUUGUCUCACGGAAACUUGAUUGCAAGUGUUGCUGGGGCCACUUUUGGUAUGCAAUUCUACCCCUCUGAUGUAUACAUAUCAUAUCUUCCUUUGGCACAUAUUUAUGAACGGGCUAAUCAGGUCAUGACGGUACAUUUUGGAGUUGCUGUUGGAUUCUACCAAGGGGAUAAUAUGAAAUUGAUGGAUGAUAUGGCUGCUCUAAGACCUACUAUCUUCUGCAGUGUCCCUAGGCUGUAUAACAGAAUAUAUGCUGGUAUCACAAAUGCCGUAAAGACAUCAGGUGUGCUGAGGGAGAGGCUAUUUAAUGCUGCUUACAAUGCCAAGAAGAAUGCAUUAUUAAGUGGAAAAAAUCCAUCUCCCAUGUGGGACAGGUUGGUGUUUAAUAAGAUAAAGGCUAGGCUAGGAGGACGUGUGCGUUUUAUGACAUCAGGUGCUUCACCCUUGUCUCCUGAUGUUAUGGACUUUUUAAAAAUAUGCUUUGGGGGUGAAGUAAAUGAAGGGUAUGGAAUGACGGAGACUUCCUGUGUUAUUAGUGCUAUGGACAGUGGUGAUAACUUAUCUGGCCACGUUGGCUCUCCUAGUCCCGCCUGUGAAAUCAAGCUUGUUGAUGUACCAGAAAUGAACUACGGAUGUGAUGAUCAACCCUAUCCACGAGGUGAAAUCUGUGUCAGGGGUCCUACUAUUUUCCAAGGCUAUCACAAAGAUGAAGUGCAGACGAGAGAAGUGAUUGAUGAAGAUGGGUGGCUUCAUACUGGAGACAUUGGAUCAUGGUUACCUGGUGGUCGUCUAACAAUUAUUGAUAGGAAGAAGAACAUUUUCAAAUUGGCACAGGGAGAGUAUAUAGCUCCAGAAAAAAUUGAAAAUGUUUAUGCCAAGUGCAAGUUUGUUGCCCAGUGCUUUGUACACGGGGACAGCCUAAAUUCUUCUUUGGUAGCAAUUAUCUCAGUUGACCAAGAGGUGUUGAAAGCAUGGGCUGAUUCUGAAGGCAUAAAGUAUGAAAGUUUAGAGAAACUUUGUAAUGAUCCAAGAGCCAGGGCUGCUGUAUUGGAUGAUUUGGAUGCUCUUGGAAGGGAAGCUCAGUUGAGAGGUUUUGAAUUUGUAAAAGCUGUGACGCUGACGGUUGAGCCGUUUACCUUGGAGAAUGGUCUGCUCACUCCAACAUUUAAGAUCAAGAGACCUCAAGCGAAGGAAUACUUCGCACAAGCAAUAUCCAAAAUGUAUUCCGAGCUUGCUACUUGUGAUCCUGUCCCUUCAAAACUAUGAGGUCUAGCAGGCUUGGAUCAGCUAGAUGGAGGCUU